AUGUCUUUAUUUGCAGCUGACUACACCAUUCUGCCAGUUUCCAGCUCGCUGGAAAUCCCAUCUGUGCAGCCACGGCAUGAAGGGGAGUACAAAUGUGUGGUCGAAGGCGCAGGCAAGCGAAGAACGAGCUUAAGUGGGCGACUACGCAUUGAUAACGGUAUUCCUUCGCAGGAACUUACCUUUCUCUCUUCCCCUCGUGUCCAGACGGCGAAAGAGGGAGACGAUGUUAUUCUUGAAUGUCUUGUUAGCUCUCAAGGGUCCGCAGAAGUCCGUUGGUUGGUGUUAAAGCUCAAAGAUACUCGUCAGGUAGCCAUUGAUGGAGUAAGGAUUAGACGUGUUGGAAUUUCCUCGCUGUUGUUGUCGAACUUGAUGGGCACCGAUUCUGGGUUGUAUACCUGCAGAGCUAGCAACACUCUCGAUUCUCUUGACCGGACAGUUGCUGUUCAUGUCGCAGUGGAGCCGAAGCUAACCGCACGCCCUGAAAGUAAAGCGGCUUUGGAGACAGCCGACGUUGAGUUUGAAUGUUUGUCAACGGGAAGUCCAUCUCCUACUGUGUCAUGGUUCAAAAACGGCGAGGCCAUUAUUGCCAGCCACUACUUUGUCAUCGAACCAACUAGACUGCGCAUUCUUGGCCUUGUCAAGGCUGAUCAGGGGAUUUACCAAUGUAUCGUGGACAACGAAGCGGGUAGUGAUCAAGCCGCAGCCCAGCUCCUGGUUGAUAACGCAGGGCCCACUUACCUGUCUACUAUUGGUAUUAAUAGCAGCACCCUGAGUGCACGAACUAGUCCUAUCUCUUUCUCAGCUGAUGAUUCUUCGUCCAUUGCUGCUUCAUCUGGGCAACCUCUGAUUGCUUCUGCUCCUUUGGGCCUGAAAGUUGCAUCUCUUGGGAGUCGAUUUGUCAAUUUGGAGUGGGAUCCACCACUCAUGCGUCACGGUCAUAUUAUGAGGUAUCAUGUUUUUUACAAGGAGGAGGACAGUGAUAGUUAUCUUCUAAUUCUCAAAUCCAGAGAAAGAAUGCUGAAUUCGUCGAGCACUUCCGUAACCGUUACAUCGUUACAACCUGACACCUUGUACUUGCUGCGAGUUGUAGCCGAGAAUGAAGCAGGCAUGGGAAAAAGUAGCGAUCACAUAAAAAUCACUACAAAGAAAGAGCGUAAGUUGGGCUAAUG